AUGAAUUUCAAUACACAAGAUAAGAAUAUUCUUAUACGUCGAAUUUUUGCACAUUUUCGUGAUCGCUCAGAGAAAGAUAAACCUUUGUACGAAUACGAAUCAAUACUCAUCGGAAUUAUCAAAUGCAAUACACAAUUUUCGUCAACUGAUGAUGAGAUAAUAAGAAAUGAAAUCAAUGAAAAAUUUUAUUGUCAACUGUUUACGAAAUUAAAACAUAAUGAUCAAACAGUUUAUGAAUUAAAUUCAUGUUAUCAAAUACGUCGUGCUCUAGCCGAAAAGAUAAUAACUGAAGAUGAUUGUGAUACUGGUUGCAAAAUAUGGGAAAAUCAAAAAAAACUUAAUGCAUCACUUUGUCAUAGUAAGAAAAUAUUAAAAUUAUCGAUUGACAGUAUUACCGACUUACCAUUGCCAAAAGCAGUAUGGAAUUAUGACAGCAGUCAAUUUAGUUCUAAUUUGUCAUUUCAAAGUGCCAUUCGUAUUGUCGAUCGUUUUAUUCAUCAUCCGAUUAUGAAAAAAUUAUUCGUUCCAUUUUCGGUGCAAACACCAUUAUAUGAAUAUAAAGAACCAACACAACAACUUCUUGAUGUUGUAACUAAACAAUUGGAAAAGCCUCCCACUAUUGUAGUUCUCACUGAUGCAGCGAUCAAACGACAUGUGGGUUCAAAAGCUUAUGGUAUGUUCAAAUGCGUGAAAAAUGAUCACAAUUCUAACACGAUUUAUUUAAAUUCUAAAUUGGUGGAACAUGCUGAAGAAAAUAUGACAGUCGAACGAACAAAAAAUUUAGCGGUGUUACUUGCCAUUAAAAUAUUGCAUGAAAUGGUUCAUUGGUUAUUCUAUCAUCUUGUUGGCAAGUUACAUGGUAAUAUGGAUACACCAGCAACACCUACUCAACGUGCCGAAAGUGGAAACGGUUUUGAAAUUUUAGUAACUAAUUUUAUUAUGGAACAUGAAGAAGACACCGCAACAUUUCGGGUUAAUCAUUUAAUUGGACAUUCAUAUGAUUUCUUUUUCAAUAUACCAAAUUCAUGGCGUGAUCAGUUGUUAUCUAAUUAUUACUGGACAAAUCAAAUUAUUGACGAAACAGCUUUCUGGAUUCAUCCAGAAAUAUGUGGACUACGAUGUUGGGUACUGAACAAUAACAAAUCUUCAGUAUUUUUCCAAUUAAAAUCGUGUUAUGUGAGUGAAAAUCAAGCAGUAAUUGACGUAGAACCAAUCACAUUCGUAUUAAAUACAACAUCUAGUGAUGAUGAUGAUGAUGAUGAUGAUAGAAAAUGUCGUGUUUUUCACCAGAAAAAUUCUUGUAAAGUAAAAUAA